GAUCCAACGGCUGCUACCAGCGCUGCGUCUUGUCACUAUUGAAUGCGAAGCAUAAGGACGGCCGAACGCACAGGUGUUUGUCGCGGCCGGGCAACGCAACGGACCACACCUGGCUCAGAGCUCUUGACUAGGUCCCCGGCGGUCGCGGCUUCCCUUCCGCCGGACGCGGGCCGGCGGCUGGCGUCAUGGCGUCGCGGCGUAACAGCUGCUGCCGCCUCGAGCUAGCUGCCUCGCUCGAGGGAGCGCUGGCUGCAGCAGCCGUGGUGGUGGCCGCGGCUGCUACAGCUGCUACUGCUGCUACUACCGGCGGCAGCGGCAGCAGGGGCAAUGACCCCGGCGGCGACAUCAGUAGCAGCCGUGCAGCCGCAAGCGGCGCCGCCGGCGGUGGCAUGACACGUGCCGGCAGCCUUGCGGGGGGCGGUCUGUGUGUUAGCCUGAGCGGCCGCCUCGACAGUGGCUGCCUUGCCCGGCUGCUGUCAGACGGGAUGCUCUUUGGUGACGGCGGCGGCGGGGGCGGUCCCAGUGGCGGUAGUGGUGGGGGUGGGGGUGGCGGGUGGACGCCCGGCGAUGGCGGCGCUUUGCUGCGUCACUACAGCGCGCGAUCACUGGAGGCUGAGCUGCGAGUGGACCAGCUGCUGGCUUCUGCAGGCCCCUGCGGCGGCGGCGGCGGUGGCGGCGGCGGCGGCGAUGGUGCCGGCGGCGGGGGCCGUGACGACGCAUUGGCCGCCGCCCAGAGCCCGUCGUCGCCGUUACCUGCUGGGCUGGUGGUGACGCCUUCCGCGUACUUCUGCCCUUCGCCUACGUCGCCUCCGCCUCCACCGCGAGCAGAAGCGGCUGGUGGCGAAGCUGCUAGUGGACCCGGCGGCGGCCGCCGCCAGCCGCAGCCGCAGCCCCAGACGCAGACGCAGCCUCAGCCGCCGCCGCCGCCGCCGCCAGUGGUGGUGGUCCGGACCGACAGCACCUUCUCGGUCGCGGCCUCCGCCGCUGCGAACGCCUUCGCGAUGGAGCCCGAGGAUGCCACCACCGCGGCAGUAGCAGCAGCUGCAGCUGCUGCUGCGGCUGCUGCGCGUGGCGAUGGCAGUAGCAGCAGUGCACGGCGGCUGGCGGGCGGUGGCGGCGGCGGCGGUGGGCCUGCCGUCAUUACGCUUUGCUGCAGUGAAGCCCUAAUGGAAGGCGCAAGCAGCGCGGCUGCCGCUGGCAGUGACAGGUCCCAGCUGGGCUGCGCUGUUGCAGCCGUAGGUGUGGCCGUAGGUGCGGCCGUGGCGUCUGCGCAGGCUGCUGAUGCUAUGGCGCAGGCCCACGCCACCGCCGCCGACGCACCAGCUGCGGACGCGCACGCGCAGCAGCCGCUCGGCAGCGACCGCGUGUCUAUGGGGCCGCCGCCGCCACCGCCGCCUGCUGCACCUGUCGCCUCCCCCUGCAACCGGGCUGUGAUGCAGCCACCGCCACCACCGCCACCACAGGCGCAGCCUUACGCGGCGGCACAGCCGCCCAGUCACGGCCCAGUCGCAGCCGCGGCCGCACACCCGUGGCACCAGCAGCACCCGCACCCGAACUACCAUUCCCACCCUCAUCCCAAUCCCCAUCACCCCCACAUGGGCGGUCCACAGCCCGAGCCUCCGCUGCCGCCUCCGCCGCACGGCGGUUACGGCUACGGGUACGGCUACCCGCCGCCCCCGUGGCACUACUACGAGCCGCACCACGCCAUGCCACCGGUACCACCACUGACCGCACCACUGCCGUACGCGCGGCCGCCGCCGCCACCGUAUGCCUACGCGCCGCCGCCGGCACCGCCACGAAGCCAUGGCGGCAUGAUGCCUCCGCCACCGCAACCGCCGCCGCCACACGGGUACUACGCCCCUCCGCCGCAACCACCGCCACAGUACAACCAGCCGCCACCGCCGUACGUGUACGGUGAGCGCCACAGCCACCUGUACCAGCAACCGUACUACCCAGCGCCCGACCAGCAGCCCCACCAACAGACCCCGUACGAGUACGGCAACGGGGCCGUCGAUGGUGCCGGCGGCGCCUGCGCCCUCUGCGAUGGCGGCAGUUGGUGUCCGUACCACGUGCCACGGCGGGAGUCCUCCGGAUCAACCGUGAACAACGGCACCGGCAGCCACCGCCGCCUGUCAACUGGCGGCUGCCGCGGCGCUGCUGGCGGCGCGGCAAUGGUUGCGGUGCCCGUCGGCACAGCAGGCGACGCCUGGCCAGCAGCAGCAGCGGCGGGUUCGGUGCCGCAGUGUGGGUCGUUGCCAUCGCCACGGCCCCCAACGCGGCUAAUCGCGACGGCCUCUGUGGGCUCGGGUGUUAUCAAUGGCCAAGGCCGAGGCGGCGGCUGCGGCAGUUGUGCUGAGGCGUCCCGGCCUACCGCAGCUGAGCAGACGAGCGCCGUGUCACCGCCGGUGCCGCCGCCGAUUGCUCCUGCGUCAGACCAGCAGCAGUAUGAACAACCGCCCAUGCCGACCUCUGUGGCUGGCGGUGCUGGCGGCCCCGCCGGCGCUGCUACUGCCACUGCUACUGCCACUGACAACGACGCGGCCCACGCCGCCCAUGCGCAGCGGCCUGCUGGGGAUGAGGGCCCCACUGCUGCCCGCCAGCCCCGCCGCUGCGACGACUACUACGAUUACUGGCGUUAUGGGGAGGGCGAACGUCAUCGCUACCCGCUCAUGUACCAGCAGCAGCCCCCGCCGCCGCCACAGCAACACCCGCCGCAGCACCCGCCGCACCCUUACCCAUACCUGCCCAUCCACCCGCAUCAUCAGCUGCACCACCACAAGUCAUACCACCAGCUGCACUUGCCGCAGUUACAUCCGCACCAGCAGGCGGCGCCGCCACCGGCGGGGUACCUGCAGCUGCCGCCGCCGCCACCUCUCUUCAUCACGCCACCACCGCCAGCGCAGCCGGCGCAGCGCGACGAGCAUGGCGACCUCAGGGCUGUGCCCAACAGCGGCGCAGGUCCUGCAACCACUGUCAACCAGGCACCGCCUGCUGACGGCGCUGCUGCUACAGCCACUACUGCUCCCACAGCAACUGCCACUACUGCUGUAGCUACUGCUGGCUACCGCCCGCGUCAGUCCAGUGCUUUUAGCGAUUGCAGCAUAGCGCUUCGCGACCUGCUGUGCAGGAGCGGCAGCGUCAACGCAGCUGGCGGUGGCGGUGGCGAAGUGUUCAGCCGCCGCGGCAGCGGCGCCGUCACACCUGGACUGGUCCAGCAGCUGACGGGCGGCGGCGACAGCGACGCGGAGGGCAUGAGGGUCGCGAUGGCGGCGCUGCUUAGCGGCGGCGCCGUGGGCGCAGCGGAGGAGGACGAGGCCACCGCCGCCGCUGACUGGCUGCACAACAGUAACGGUAACAGAAAUGGUGGCCGAGGCGUUAACGGCGAUGGCCAGCACGGAGCAUCAUCAGUGCCGCCGCCACAGCCGCCGCCGCCGCACCCAUGCAAAGCGCCGCACGGCUACGGCGCCUAUCUCCGCCGGGCCGCUGCCGCGGCUGCAGCAGCAGCGGCAGGCGCUAUGCAAGGCUGUAGCAGCGCCAGUGCUGCAACAGCCACAGCCGCGGCCACCGGGUCGGAUGCAGCUGCUGCUGGCGGCGGCACCAUGUAUCCACUGCACGUGCUGUGCGGCAGCGGCAGCGUGGGCACAGCCCGGAACGAAUCCAGCGGCGGCGGCAAUAGCAGCUGCCGGUCUGCAUUGCCGACAGCUUUUGGGUCGGAGCUUUCUGGCGCCGGUGCCGCCCAGCCACCAUACAACCAUCCGGGUUGCGCUGUUGGGGAUGGCACGAUGCAGCCACCGUCAACAGCAGCAGGACGCACAGCUGAUGCGACCGCCAACGAAACGCACCCGCGCCAUGUGCUGCUGCCACAGACAUCUGCGACACCAUUAGGUGGAGCGUCACCGGGUCAGGCCCAGACUCAGAUGGAGGCUCGCACCCAGCGCUCAGUGCCAGAGUCAGAGGCGCCAGUGGCGGCGGCUUCGCCGCUGGCGCCGGCGCCGCCGCGCGCCCGCGCUCCCAAGCGGUCUGCGGCUGUAGCAGCCCUGACCCAGAUCGCGGUGCACGCCCGCGGCGGCUUCAGCUGCGGUGGCGGCAGCAGCGCGGCAAGCGGCGAUGACGACGACUACUCCGCAUCCGAGGCUGAUGAGGACGAGGAGGAGGAGGACGAGGACGAGGAGGACGAAGAGAUGGAGUGGGCUGUGGAGACGCCGCAGUCACAACGCGGCACCGUGUCGACCGCUGGCCACCGAGGAUCAGCUGGCGUCAGUAGUAGCAGUAGCAAGGGGCGUCAGAGGGCAGCUACUGUCAGCAAGCACGCGCGCCGUGGGGCCGUCGCAGGGGAUGGGGCCGCUGGCGGCGGCAGCGGCAGCUGCAGCGGCAAGCGCCGUGCGACCGGCGGCGGCGCCUCCACCGCCGCACUACCGAAGCCGCUCUCGGUCGUGGUCCAGCAGGCUGUCGCGGCGGCAGUCAACGGGGCUGCUGGCAGUUUGGCCGGUGCUGCUGGUGCGGGUGGCGCGGGCGAGAAGGAGGAGGAUGGUGGCUGCAAGAAGCGGUCGAGCCAGUACCGCGGCGUGACGCGCCACCGCCGCAGCGGCAGGUGGGAGGCCCACAUCUGGGUCAAGGAGAUGGGCCGCCAGGUCUACCUGGGCGGCUAUGAGGAGGAGGCCCACGCGGCCGAGGCGUACGACGUGGCGGCGCUCAAGUGCAAGGGCGCCAAGGCCGGCGUGCGCACCAACUUCGAGCUGGGCCGCUACUCGGGCCUGCUGGCCAGCCUGCCGCACAUCAGCCUGGAGGAGCUCAUCAUGGCGGUGCGGCGACAGAGCCAGGGCUUCUCCCGCGGCUCCUCCAGCUACCGCGGCGUGACGGCGCACCCCAGCGGCCGCUGGGAGAGCCGCAUCGGCAUCCCCGGCUCCAAGCACAUUUACCUGGGCCUGUUCGAGGGCGAGCGCGACGCGGCGGCGGCGUACGACAGGUCGUUGGUGCGGCUCAAGGGGCCAACCGCCGCAACCAACUUCUCGCUGUCCGAGUACCGCUCCGAACUGUCCGAGUUCCACGUGUACGGCAACGCCUCGGUGCUGCGCGACGCCCGCCUUGCCUCCGUGACCGCUGGCUCCGGCCCCGACUUUGAGAAGUGGAUCAAGUCCGGCUUCGGCGCCUUCCCACACCUCAGCGCCGCAGACUUCGGGCAUGGCGGCGGCACCACCACCAGCAUUGACGGCGGCGGCCCUGACAGCCCUGUCGGCGUGGGCAGCUCUGGUGCUACGGAUGCGGGAGAGCCGACACCAGCAGCAGCCUCGGCCUCUGCCGCGGCACACAGCCCCAGUCCUAUUGCCGCCGUGAUGGCAAUGGCGGCGGCGGCGUCCGCAGCAGUGGCCGUUUCCCCCACCGGACGCUCGUAAAUUGUUGCGGAAAGGAAUUGCUGACGUCUAGGGGCCAGUCGGGCUGCGGCGGCACACUGGUUAGUUUGUGUGUGCCGCGCAGCAGUGCAAUAGUGCAUGACGUUGAAAGGAUGGCAUGACGGUGCGUGGUCCGCGUUGGUGCAUGAUUGGUAUUGACCAGCUUGGAAGGUUGACCUGACCCGUCAUUUGCCCCGCCAGCCGUUAUACCGUACCAUGCAUGGCAGGCAGGCCUUGCAUCUUGAGUUCUUGACUGUUGAAGCGGGAUCAACAGCCCUGAUUGCGGAUGAAUGGAUCUUUAUGUAUGGUUUAAGCACAUGGGGCUGCAUGCAGUCGGGCAACAACGCACCGAGUCUGUGGAGCAGCUGUUUGAUACAGUCUGGUGCGAGGGUUUUGGGUUGCGAUGCCGCGCGAUAAGCGGUGGCCGCAGUGGAGUGCAGCCAAAAUGUGGGCUUCAGUAUCUACGCUGGAGGAAUAAAUGAUGUAAAUUUAAUACCUG